AUGCCAGUCAGUGGUGCAGAUCUGUUCAUGGAUCCUGUGGAAGGCAAAAAGUUCUUCAACAAGAAGUUCAUCAUCCUGCCCCUCAGCUUCUUCUUUGGCUUCUGUCUCUUUGUUUACCUCCAUGAGUUCAAGACUCCUUGGCUCGAGCAGUACACCUCCAGACUCAUUGCCUCACCAGCCCACACUGGGGACAACAUUGUCCAAGGAGCCCACCCUGGGGACAGCACUGCCCCAGCAGCCCACCCUGGGGACAGCAUUGCCCCAGCAGCCCACCCUGGGGACAGCACUGCCCCAGCAGCCCACCCUGGGGACAGCACCACCUCACCAAGGAGUGACCAGAAGCUAACCAUCCUGCUCUGGCAGUGGCCCUUUGGGCAACACUUUAACUUUGCCAACUGCACCAAGCUCUACAGAACCCCAGACUGCCACUUCACUGUGGACCACAGCUGGUCCCAAAAGGCUCACGCUGUGGUGAUUCACCACAGGGAUGUCUGCUGGGACCCCAAGAAGCUGACCCAGAUCCCCAGGCUCCAGUCCCAGCGUUGGAUCUGGUUCAACCUCGAGUCCCCAAGUCACUCCCCCAACUUAGGUGCUAUGAACAACCUCUUCAACCUGACCAUGUCUUACAGGAAAGACUCAGACAUCUUCACUCCUUAUGGGGAGCUGCAGCUCCUCGGCGAGCCUCAGCCCUUCAACAUCCCACCCAAGACCAAACUGGUGGCCUGGGUGGUCAGCAACUGGAUGGAAAGCUCCCACCGAGUCAAAUACUACAGGGAGCUGAAUAACCACAUCAAAGUGGACGUCUAUGGGAGGUCCCACUUGCCCCUGCCCGGGGACAAACUCAUUAGCACCCUGAGCCAAUACAAAUUCUACCUGGCUUUUGAGAACUCCCAGCACGAAGAUUACAUCACCGAGAAGCUCUGGAGGAAUGCUUUGUCCUCUGGCACCGUCCCCGUGGUGCUGGGACCUUCCAGGGAGAACUAUGAACGCUUCCUGCCCCCGGGCUCCUUCAUCCACAUCGAUGACUUUGCCAGCGCCAAGGACCUGGCGCAUUACCUGCAGGAGCUGAGUGAGGAUGCUGAGAGGUACCAGAGCUACUUCCAGUGGCGCCGCUGGCUGAAGCCCAACGCGGGCAACGACUGGGCCAUAGACCUGUGCAAAGCCUGCCACUUCCUACAGACGACACAGAACAGGUACCAGGUGGUGCCCGACCUGUCGCGGUGGUUCGUCUAA